AUGGAUCCUAAUACAAUUAAAUCAUCUAACGAUAUUCAACUAAAAAUACUCCAAAUUCCUUAUAGCAUAGGUGUGAAUAACCCUCUGGUGGUUGGGCGAGAGUCCAUCUCCAAGCUUGUGGGAAGAGCACAAGGAAUUUACGUAUCCGCGUCACAAAAGAGAAUGCGCAACCACAUAUUUACUACGGUGAGGGAGAUGCCGAUCGUUGGUGGAAGUGGGUUUUUCAGAUUUGCACGUGGCUACGAUCAGGCCAAGACCCACUCCCACUCGCUUGAUUUCAACGCUGGGAAUGCCGUCGCGAUACAAUCGCCGUCAUCUUCCAUUAUAGAUAAUUGA